GCUUUUCACAUGUCUACAGAGUAGGAGGAGUUACACUGUUUGAAAAGACUUUAUAGUUCAUGUGAAAAUUAAUAAUGGAAAGAUACUUGUAUCUGUGUUUUGAAUGUGGCAAGAGUUUUGGAGACAAGCAAUUUAAAAAAAAUUAUCUGUGCAUUUACUGUGGAGAAAGACCAUUUAGUCGCUAGAUUAUGGUUAAGAUUACUUUAAGGGUCAUGUCAUUCAUUUUUGUAUUAUUAUUUCAUGUGUGUGUACUGUACUUAUAUACAGCUCUGGAAAAAAUUAAGAGACCACUGCAAAAUUAUCAGUUUCUAUAGAUUUAGGUAUGUGUUUGAGUCAAAUUAAAGUACUGAAAACGUUUCUCCCAAAUUCCAAAUAAAAAUAUUGUCAAUUAGAGUAUUUAUUUGUAGAAAAUGACAACUGGUGAAAAAAAGAAAUAAGCUGCAGUGUUUACAGACCUCGAAUAAUGCAAAGAAGACAAGCUCAUUUUUAAACAACACAAUACUAAUGUUUUAACUUGGCUAAAGUGUUCAGAAAUCAAUAUUUGGUGAAAUAACCCUGAUUUUCAAUUCAGUCAUCACCGAUCCUCCACCUGGUCAUGGCCUUCAAGCCACAGUGUCUCGCACCCACUGUGGAAUAUGGUGGAGGAUUGUGAUGAUCUGGGGGUGCUUCAGUAAGGCUGGAAUCGGGCAGAUUCGUCUUUGUGAAGGACACAUGACUCAAGCCAUGUACAAGGUUAUCCUGGUAUAAAACUUGCUUUCUUCUGCUCUGACAAUGUUUCCCAACUCUGAGGAUUGUUUUUUCUAGCAGGAUAAUGCUCCAUGUCACACAGCCAGGUCAAUCAAGGUGUAGAUAGAGGACCACCAGAUCACGACCCUGUUAUGGCUAGCCCAAUCUCCAGACCUGAAAACCUCUGGAAUGUGAUAAAGAGGAAAAUGGAUGGCCAUAAGCCAUCAAACCAAUGAGUGCCAGGAGUGGCAUAAAGUUGCCCAACAGCAAUGUGAAAGACUGUUAGCGAUUAUGCCAAGACACAUUAAAGCUGUGAUUGAAAAUCAGUGUUAUUCCACCAAAUAUUGAUUUCUGAACUCUUCUCAAGUUAAAACAUUAAUAUUGUGUUGUCUAAAAAUGAAUAUGAAAACACAGCAUCUUUUUUGUUAUUUUGACCAGUUGUCAUUUUCUGCCAAAAAAAUGCUCUAAAUUACUAUUUUUAUUUGGAAUGUGGGAGAAUUUUUUUCAGUACAUUAUAGAACAAAACAAAACAUUUCAUUUUACUCAAACCAUACCUAAAUCCAGAGAAACUGAUAAUUUUGCAGUAGUCUCUUAAUUGUUUCUGGAAAUUGCGCCAACCCGCAUCUCAGAAUAGCAUUCAGAGAUGUUAUACCUCUCACUACAAUUGUACAGAGUGGUUAUCCGAGUUAUCAUAGACUUUGUCAGUUCAAACCAGUCUGACCAUUCUCUAUUUACCUCUCUCAUCAUUCUCUAUUUAACUCUCUCAUCAUUCUCUAUUUAACUCUCUCAUCAUUCUCUAUUUACCUCUCUCAUCAACAAGACAUUUCUGUCCACAGAACUGUCGCUCACUGGAUGUUUUUUGUUUUUGGCACCAUUCUGAGUAUAUUCUUGAGACUGUUGUGUGUGAAAAUCCCAGAACAUCAGCAGUUACAGAAAUAUAAAAAAACAAGCUCUUCUGGCACUAACAAUCAUCCCACAGUCCAAAUCACUGAGAUCAUAUUUUUCACCAUUCUGAUGGUUGAUUUGAACAUUAACUAAAGCUCCUGACCUGUAUCUGCAUGAUUUUAUGCACUGCUGUCACACGAUUGGCUGGUUAGAUAAUCGCAUGGAUAAGUCCUGAUCACAUCUAGUGACACUUAAAUACGGGACAAUGGGAAUCCCUAUGCAUUCAUUUUAAGCUAAAAUAUGGGCUGUCCUGUCUAAGACGAGACAGUUGAGACAGCUGGCAGCCUUAUUAGCAUACAUAGUUGUUAAAAACGUUUUGAAACCACUCAGUACAUUUACAUGCGCAGUUGUAACCAAGCUACAACAGCUUUUUGUGGAGUCUAGUUGAAGUCUUCAUCUGUCUGUCCAUGUAUACGUGACAAAAUGCAUAAUUGAAGGAAGGACGUCAAAUUUGCUGUUAAAUAUACAUUGUGCAUGGGUUGCUAACUUCCAGCCAAAUAAUUGAAUUGAGAAACGAGACAUUCUAAAACACCUAGAACAUGAAAAAUGCUUUACGUGACCUAAUGUAUUAAAACAAUGCAGAACCAAAAUAAUUUUGACAAAGGAACGACAAUAAUUUAAAAAGUAGAAAGACAAUUUCUUGUUUAGCAUUUUCUUUCCUAAAUAAUGAAGUGCGUACAGCCAUUUCUUUUUAAAGCUUUUCUGUUUUUCAUGUGCAAAAACAAGACUAAAAAAUACAUUUGAUCAGGGCCACUGUCUUAUUAUUUAAGCAAACUUUCCUUAUAAUGGGUGUUUAUUGGAGAGAAAACAUUUGUAUAGGUGGCCUACUAGUCUAUUUCUCCAUGUAAGAGUGUUGUUUAAAUAGAGUUUAUCACAAGUAAAAUGUAACAACAUUUUCAUUCAUCCUCCUUGGUUUGUCUCUUGUGACAGAACAACCUUCUCCCCUGAUGUCAGCGAUGCCUCGCCCCUUAGAUCAGCCACCUAGGCUCCUAGCGGGAGUGGGUUGGAGAGAGGAGGGGCACGGUGACUAUUCCCGUUUGACAGCACGUAAUGGGGUACACCUGAUGUACGCCUCUCAUAGGGAAACUGGUCUCUACCCACUGGCAUCUUUAUAUGUUCAGGAACUUAGCGGGGAGGGUCUGGCACAAAUUAGAUGCAUCACCGGACCCACAGCCCGGAUCCUCAGCGUGAAUUAGAUGCAAACCUGGGGGAUUGGAGCAUCAGUCGUGGCUGAUGGGCCAGGAAGCUGGGUCGCAAUUCCCCUCAACCGCCAAGGCCCAGGGAAGCCACACUGCUCAAGUGAAGUCAAAUACCCUCACACCUCGGACCCGUUAGGGGAGUGCGUACUGCUGGACCUGGCCCACUAUAACUUAGACCUUACCCUUCCUGCACAUAGCCCUAUUCACCGCGAGGACACUUAUUUUCAACACUUUUCCAUAUGGACAUUUUAUUCCUUCUUUUCUGUUUAUUGUUAUUUACAGUAAAUGCUUCAUCGAGGACUGGAGCCACACCCACUGUGUCUGUCUCUUGCUUACCCCCCCCAUAGUGGUGAAGAGUGUCGGGGGAGAUGGCGCAGUUGGGAAACAACAGGAAUGUCACGAGCCCUCUCGCAUGCCAUUCUACAGAAAGAGAAGGGAACGGAGAAUUCACGGUGAUGGUCUCCCAACUGCCUAAAGGGUAAUUGUGCCAUUUGCCUUGCUGUUGGUUGAAGCUUUCAUCUUUAACUCAUGUUUCUCUGUCCCUGCCCUGGGGCAAGCGAGAGGGAGAGCUGGCCUGGAGAAAUAUCUUUAACACGCCCACUCCGACCAUAUGAAGCGGAGACUAGAGAAGGUUAAGCAGUUCCAUUGGAGUGGCUGCGGUGUAGGCAUGUCCGGCUCUGGAUCCAAGCGAAGGAGAGGAGUAAUGGGAGAUGCAACCGGGAUGACCAGCGAGGGAGGGGAUUUGAAUGUGACUGAACGACCUCCUCCCCUGAUGUCACUGACGCCCCAUUACUUGGAUCAGCUUCCCUUCCUAGGCUUCUGACGGGAGUGGGCAGGACAGACAACAGAACUAUUCCCCAUUUGGCAGUGCACCUUAAGUUAAUGGAUCCUCAUCACUGUGGCCUUUGACUGAACACGCCUCUCCUACGGAAACCAGUCUCUAACCACUACCAUCCCCUUGUAGGUCCAGAAACGGAGUGGGGAGGGUCUGGCACGAGUUAGAUGCAUUGCCGGACCCACACACCGAACCCACAGUGCAAAUUAGAUGUGACACCGCAUCGUGCAAGUUAUUUUCCUGCUGAGCAGAUGGGAAAGGACCCUAGUACCCUCUUUAAGUACUCUAGAAAAUGACUAUUACAGGCUAGGUAAGCCAAUUUUGUAUGCCUACAAACCUGACCAGUUCUCUCUGGAGGAAUAGGUCAAAAUUCCAACAACUUAUUGUGAUUAGCUUAUGAAAGGCUACCCAAAACGUUUGACCCAAGUUAAAACAAUUUAAAGGCAUUCCUACCAAAUACUAACAAAGUGUAUGAAAACUUCUAAUCCACUGGGAAUGUGAUGAAAGAAAUAAAAGCUGAAAUAAAUAAUUCUCUCUACUAUUAUUCUGACAUUUCACAUUCUUAAAAUAGUGAUCCUAACUGACCUAAGACAAGGAAUGUUUUCUGCGAUUAAAUGUAGUUUAAAUUUAUUUGGCUAAGGGGUGUGUGUGUGCUAAUGUUAAAAACAAGUGGAACUUAUAUGUCAUAAACAGACAAAAUGUAAAAAUGCAUCUGAAUUUCUGCAUUUGGUUCCCUUAUUUCAGUAUCUAUUUAUUCAUUUAUUUUCUACGUAUUUUGUGAUAUUACGCAGCGUGUUUAACGGGACCUUUAUUUUGCUUCUAUGAACCGCUGUGUUGUUGUGACGUCAUACGAGCUGCGCCGCGUAUCUUACAGCUCAAAAAAGAUGUCUAGAUGAGGAGGAAUAAUCUCCAGGUGGAACGACUGAGAUCUGUGAGAAACUGCUGUAAAGAUGGAGUUUAUUAAAGAGGAGAGUGAAGACAUCAAUAUUACACAACCAUGCAGAAUAAAAAGUGACGAACAAAGAGAUCUGAUGAAAGUGAAAGAGGAAAGUCAAGACCUGAUUAAAUUGGAGGAGAAACAUCAGUAUCAGAUACCUGAAUCAGAAGAACAACAUUCUGGAAACAAUUUUUCACCAAAAAGAAGUCGAAGAAUAAGAGCCCAAAAUUAUUUCACCUACCCUCAGUGUGGAAAAAAGUUCAUGCAAAAAAGAAACCUUAAUCGUCACAUGAGAAUUCACAGUGGGGAGAAGCCUUUCACAUGCCGUCAAUGUGGAAAGAGUUUUACACAGAAAAGACACCUUAAGGAUCACAUAAGAGUUCACACUGGAGAAAAGCCUUUCCCAUGUGCUCAGUGUGGAAAGAGUUUCACAGUGAAAGGGAACCUUAACAGACACAUAAGAAUUCACACUGGAGAGAAGCCUUUCACGUGUCAUCAGUGUGGAAAGAGUUACACACAAAAAGGAAGCCUUAAUGUCCACAUGAGAAGUCACACUGCAGAGAAGCCUUUCGCAUGUGAUCAGUGUGAGAAGAGUUUCACAGAGAAGGGAAACCUUAAUAGACACAUAAGUACUCACACUGGAGAAAAGCCUUUCACAUGUCAUCAGUGUGGAAAGAGUUACAAAGUUCCAAGAAACCUAAAAACUCAUAUGAAAAUGCAUUCUGGAAAAAAAGUUUCACCAAAAAGAAGUCGAAGAACAAGAGCCCAAAAUUAUUUCACCUACCCUCAGUGUGGUAAAAAGUUCAUGCAAAAAAGAAACCUUAAUCGUCACAUGAGAAUUCACAGUGGAGAGAAGCCUUUCACAUGCCAUCAGUGUGGAAAGAGUUUCACAGUCAAAGGGACCCUUAAAAUACACUUAGGAAUUCACGCUGUAGAAAGAAAUUGUGUAUGCCAUCAGUGCGGAAAGAGUUUCACACAGAAAAGGCACCUUAAGGAUCACAUAAGAGUUCACACUGGAGAAAAGCCUUUCCCAUGUGCUCAGUGUGGAAAGAGUUUCACAGUGAAAGGGAACCUUAACAGACACAUAAGAAUUCACACUGGAGAGAAACCUUUCACGUGUCAUCAGUGUGGAAAGAGUUACACACAAAAAGGAAGCCUUAAUGUCCACAUGAGAAUUCACACUGCUUAGAAGCCUUUCGCAUGUGAUCAGUGUGAGAAGAGUUUCACAGAGAAGGGGAACCUUAAUAGACACAUAAGUACUCACACUGGAGAGAAUCCUUUCACAUGUCAUCAGUGUGGAAAGAGUUACAAUGUUCCAAGAAACCUAAAAACUCUGUCUAACAUUCUGGAAAGACAUUACAGCAGUGAUCAGAGUGUGGCAAGAGGUUUGCAGAGACUAGUAAUUUCAAAAAUCAUCUGUGCAUUCACUUAAGAAAGGCCGUUUAAAUCUGCGCUAUGGAACACAGAAAGAAGGUCCGCCUGUCACGUGAGCAGUCACACAUUUCACGACAGCAGCAGCAGGACAUCGGUCUCUGGAUGGAUGUUUAUCAGUUAACUGUUUGGCGAAGUUGUUUACUUGAUAUAAAGCUCAGAUAUUUUUUCUAGUAUGGUUGCUGAAGCUUAUAUUGGUCGUCAUGUUUUAAUGAAUGGAUCCUUACUCAUGUGUUUACAGAUCGCAAUGUAUCUACAUUUUCCAGUGAAGUUAAUGUAACAUGUUUACUAAUAUUAUUAAAUUAGUUCUGAGUUUUCCGUAAGUGUGUAUGCUCGCUGUUUUCUCAUUCCUUUUAACCCAGUCACAGAGAUGCACAAGUUAUCAUUUUCCAUUUUCCUUUUAGCAGAUAGCCUGUUUAAAAGCCACUAUAGGUUACUACAAGGUAGUUCGCCAUGAAUAUAUACUGUUAUCAUCUCAGGUUGUUUAUAAUGUUACGAUUUCAUUGCACGGUAAUGAACAUAAUUUUUUUUAGCAUGUCUCUAUUAUACAUUUACUGCUAAAGAAAUGAUUAAGAUAACUUCUUACUGGAAUUAUUACAUAGCAUAUGCCUGCAUAUUAUUUUCAUGUUUAACAAAAUGCAUUUCAUGGGUCAUUCCUGGGACUCCGUAAUAUUUCAGCUCCCCAGAAGUUUUGGUUCACUAAAAUAAAAUGUUAAAAGCUUUUUGCAAGAUGUUGAUAUGUCCAUUAUAAAUAAUGAAAAGUAUUAUUGCAUUAAAAUAUGCAUUAAAAUCUUUUUCAUAAAAUCAUGCCUUACUAUCUUAUACCAAGCAUUUUGUAAUG